AUGGCAGAUUUAAGAGAACAGUUACUAUCUAAGGAGAGAGAGUUGGCUGCUCUUAAAAAGAUAGCGGCGUUAACAGAUACAAUGAAGUUACAGCUAAAUGAAUUAAGUGAUGAGGUGAAGCAAAUAGAAGGCAAUGCACAAAGGGUAAAUGAUGUAAUGUCGAUAUGGAAUUCGGUAACUAGGUCCAUAUCUGAAGCAAGUUUGGGUUUAUUAAGGUACGUGGAGAAGGAUUAUGAGGUUGGUAUUUGGGAUGACGAUAAUGUGGAUGGCGAUAUCAGUAAAACUAAUAGCAGUAAUGACGAAGCAAUGGAUAAGAGCAGUGAAGAAAUAAGACAGCAAAAGGAAAUUCCCUUACCAGAAACGCUGGUCAGAGUCCCAAUAAAUGAAGAGAAACACGAUAUAUAA